AUGGAGUGUGAUCAUGAACCCGCUGGGAGAAGUGUAUCCCUUGCUGAACGCCAUGAAACCCAUCAAAGUGAAAAACAUAUUGCAGCUACUACUCGGUUCGCGUUAUCACCUCAAGAUGAGCUUGAAACAGCACUAAGUGAAGCUUCGGCGGGGAAUAAUAAACCAGUAAUUAUAGCCAUCAUAAACAAGGCUUAUGUCGAAGGCGACAUGACGAUGUUAAGUGUAUUUCUCCAGAGUUUCUGGCUUGGAGAAGACACUCGAUAUUUGAUCAAUCAUCUUCUUCUUGUUAGUGUUGAUCAAGUUUCUUACGAGCGUUGCAAAUUCUUAAGACUUCACUGUUAUAGACUUGUUACCGAAGGUGUUGAUUUUGGCCGGGAAAAGUUAUACAACUCCCAAGAGUUUAAAAACAUGAUGUGGAGAAGAACUGAGUUCCUUGCGGAUGUGCUUAGACGCGGCUAUAGCUUCAUUUUCACGGAUGCAGAUGUGAUGUGGCUAAGAGACCCGCUUAAGAUGCUGAGGAACCAAGACGUAAACCAAACCGAUGACAUCCAAAUGAGCUGUGAUAUUUUUAAUGGAGAUCCAUGGUCGGGAUUUAAUAGUAAACAACUAAACACUGGUUUUUACUAUGUUAGAUCAACUAACAAUACGAUCGCUCUAUUCAAUACCUGGUAUAAAAUGAAAGAAGACCCACAUUUUAAUGCAAAAAAAGAUCAAGAUGCCCUAAAGGUUUUGUUCAAUUGGGGAGUUUUAAGAAAUCUAAAAAUAAGGUGGUUAGAUACAUUAUAUUUUAGUGGGUUCUGUCAAGAUAGUAAAGAUAUCAAAGUAGUUUCCACUGUGCAUGCGAAUUGUUGUCGCAGUAUUGAUGCUAAGGUCAUCGAUCUAAUGUCUGUCCUUAAGGAGUGGAAGAAGUUUAGGGAUGGAGUACCGCCUAUUAAUGCCGUCAAUGAAACAAUAUGGUCACCUCAUUUAGAAUGCGGCAGUUCAUGGAAGCGUAAAAUUAUAGUUUAAAAGAUUAUACUACUAUGUGUACGUAAAUCUGGUGGAACAUAUAGAGGAAAAGAAAUAACAGAUUUCCUAAUAAGAGUAGCCAGGAGGCAUCAAUCAUAAUAGUCGGAGUAAAAUGUAUAAUUUUCUACUUGUCUCUGAACUCAAAUUUGUUUGAUGGUUACGU